GAGGAGAGACAGGUCUACCAUUUUCAACGUCAUCAAUUUCUUUUCAUCCAACAACAUGGCACUGCCUUCUUCAAGUUCGACAAGUGUUGGGGGAAGAUCCCCGACAUCUAAAUCUGUUGCCUCCAGAUCAGGUGGUGGAUCCACUGUUCGACAGAGAAAGACGGCGACGACGACAAGUUCGGCUCGUAAAGCUGGAGCCGGCAGUGCAGGAAUGUGGAGGUUUUACACAGAAGACUCACCCGGAAUCAAAGUAGGCCCAGUUCCCGUCCUAGUCAUGAGUCUGCUCUUCAUCGCAUCGGUUUUCAUGCUUCACAUCUGGGGCAAAUACACUCGCGGCUGAUCCACUCGACCACCAAUCAACACAGACUAUUUGUACAUAAUGCAUGAUGGGAUACUUUUAUGACUGGGAUUUCACAACUUGUUGCAGUUUUAAUAAUUUUAACUGCAAAAUGCGCCAUUCCAAUUGUUUCACUGUUAAGACUCCAGCUCAACUCGGGGCUAGCUCUGGCAUUCGCCAGUUGUGAAUUUUAUGAACAAUUGGCGAAUUUUAUUUUAAUUUGGCAAACAGAUUUCAAGCAAUAAUUGGUAUUUUGUUGGAAAAUAACUGGUUUUGCAUGUUUAAAGAUAAUUUGGCAAAAUGUUUUGCUCAUCCAGAACUAGCCCUGCAACUGGUUCAAUGGUUUUGAUAUAAUAAAUAUUUAACAGCAGGGUACAGCAUUUCAUGCGAAACAUUAUUCAGUUACGUAAAUUCAUGCAAACCACUAAUUGGUUAUGUGGUAAACUAUUACAUCUUUGGAAACUGUUAUUAAAGAAUUGUUUCUUUAAUGAUUUGCUAUAAAAUAUUUUUAUUCCAUAAUUUAUUUUGCAUAAAAUCAAAGUAUCCGCUGGAAAAAAGGUCUUUAAAAUUUACGGUCAAACGAAGUUUGAGGUAACUGAUUAGGUUACGCAGAUAUAAAUCACAUAAACAAAUAAUCGGUUACCUAUGUAAAAAUCAUGUACACCGAUUUUCGGUUACUUAAGAUUUUGAAAUGUUGUCUCCUGUAACAAUGCAAUGUGUUGAUGUACACCGUGCAGGAAUUUAUGCGAGUCCACAGAUAUAUAAAUAAAUACUAUUUAUGCAUC